AUGGAGACGUACGUAAGGGGCUUUUCUUAUAUGCCUACUAAUAAAGUAGAGCUAGUGGAUAUGCAGGAUGCAUUAGAGAGGACGUGGAGAAAUACCAGAAGAGAAAGACUUAAGCAACGGGAACAAAAGAUAUGGGAGGAAUUCGUUAAAGAGAAAGAUAUUGUCAAUACUGUUUGUGAAGAUGACCAAUAUCAGUUCUUGGACCAGUUGCCAGACUCAUGUGUUCUACAAAUUAUGGAGACUGAACUCACAAAGUUGAAACAGGCUAAACAGGUGGACCCAGAGCCUCAGGAACAGGAGGAAAGUGUCCAAGAAGAGCAGACCGCAGUUCAUUCCUUAGAGGACGAGAAGGACGACUGCGAUAUGUUUCACAUAUUCGAUGACGAAAAAAUCGAACAGUCCCGUACGGGCAAGUCCUCUGAAAACUUCACCAAUGUCAUCGAGAGUAGCAUCUACUGCGCCAAAGUCAAGGAUUUGCGCCUCAAGAUUACUGAUGAAUUACUGGACAUGGUAUCGGUGCUUGACAGCCGUCAGAUAUUCUCCAUGGAAAAAGAGGACAUCACGCGCAUGAUCAAACGCUCGGCAGAAUUCUGUUCGAGGUUCAACAGAAUCUACUUGUACCAGUUACAAAGACAGGUGUUCCGUAAGUCGAUGGAGCAGACGUGCUGCGUGCGCGAGAGCGUGUCGGCGCUCGGCGCGCUGCUGGGCGCCGCGCGCUGCGCCACCGACCUGUGCGCCGCGCUGCGCCACCCGCGGGACCUCACCGCCGCGCAACAGCUCUACGACGACAGCGUGUCGGCGCUCGGCGCGCUGCUGGGCGCCGCGCGCUGCGCCACCGACCUGUGCGCCGCGCUGCGCCACCCGCGGGACCUCACCGCCGCGCAACAGCUCUACGACGACGUGUUCCGUAAGUCGAUGGAGCAGACGUGCUGCGUGCGCGAGAGCGUGUCGGCGCUCGGCGCGCUGCUGGGCGCCGCGCGCUGCGCCACCGACCUGUGCGCCGCGCUGCGCCACCCGCGGGACCUCACCGCCGCGCAACAGCUCUACGACGACGUGUUCCGUAAGUCGAUGGAGCAGACGCACCGCCGCGCAACAGCUCUACGACGACGUGAGUGUUGUAUCUGUAGGUGUUCCGUAAGUCGAUGGAGCAGACGCACCGCCGCGCAACAGCUCUACGACGACGUGUUCCGUAAGUCGAUGGAGCAGACGUGCUGCGUGCGCGAGAGCGUGUCGGCGCUCGGCGCGCUGCUGGGCGCCGCGCGCUGCGCCACCGACCUGUGCGGCGCGCUGCGCCACCCGCGGGACCGCACCGCCGCGCAACAGCUCUACGACGACGUGUUCCGUAAGUCGAUGGAGCAGACGUGCUGCGUGCGCGAGAGCGUGUCGGCGCUCGGCGCGCUGCUGGGCGCCGCGCGCUGCGCCACCGACCUGUGCGCCGCGCUGCGCCACCCGCGGGACCUCACCGCCGCGCAACAGCUCUACGACGACAGCGUGUCGGCGCUCGGCGCGCUGCUGGGCGCCGCGCGCUGCGCCACCGACCUGUGCGCCGCGCUGCGCCACCCGCGGGACCUCACCGCCGCGCAACAGCUCUACGACGACGUGGGUGUUGUAUCUGUGUUCCGUAAGUCGAUGGAGCAGACGUGCUGCGUGCGCGAGAGCGUGUCGGCGCUCGGCGCGCUGCUGGGCGCCGCGCGCUGCGCCACCGACCUGUGCGCCGCGCUGCGCCACCCGCGGGACCUCACCGCCGCGCAACAGCUCUACGACGACGUGUUCCGUAAGUCGAUGGAGCAGACGCACCGCCGCGCAACAGCUCUACGACGACGUGAGUGUUGUAUCUGUAGGUGUUCCGUAAGUCGAUGGAGCAGACGCACCGCCGCGCAACAGCUCUACGACGACGUGUUCCGUAAGUCGAUGGAGCAGACGCACCGCCGCGCAACAGCUCUACGACGACGUGAGUGUUGUAUCUGUAGGUGUUCCGUAAGUCGAUGGAGCAGACGCACCGCCGCGCAACAGCUCUACGACGACAAUCUACUGACAUCGUGCGACAAACUGGAACAGUUUGUGAACGAAUAUGCUGUGAGGUGCGAAGAGUUUCUCAUGGGAUAUGCAAACAUAAUGAGCGGCCGAUCAAAAAAGUCCAAAGAAUCAAAGAAAACGAAAAAGAGGCCUUUACUAAGUAUGCGAAAAAGUUCAAAUAAUUCGGAAGCUGACUCUCGGCUUUCUAUGUACUCUUUGGGCACCGUGCGGCUAAAUACAAAACCUUCUAGUUCAAAAGAUGUGCCAUGCAGGUCGCGUCGGCCGCUGAUGCGCGACCCGCACGCCGGCGCGCCGCGCGCCCCCCGCGCCCCCCGCGCCGCACAGCGCGCUCUGCGCGACGACAUCCCCACCAUGGUCGAGGGGGUUCUAGCGUGUGCCUCAACCCACAUGUUAACUGAUGAUUCGAGUCCAAAAGCGCCUCCGCGACGUACUAAAGGGAUUAACAAAGAUGAAAUAUCUAGAAAAUCGCUACCAAAUACACCUAGAAGAAAUAAGGCAAUUAAUCCAAAGCCUGCCACACUUAUAAAAGGAUUAAUUCAAACAGUGAAUCAAGAAGCAAAUUUAACAAAACAAUACUCCCCAACUACCAAGACACGAACAAAUCAUAAGAAUUUGAAUAAAGAAGAAAAGAAGAAGGAAGAAGAUAACAAAAAGGAGGUAGAAGAGAAUGUAGAUGUAGAAGACAAUAGCGUGUGUGUUGAGUCACCGAAGGUCGAUUCAGAAACGUGUGACUCGACGAAGUCUAGACCACAGACGCUGGACCCCAUCAAGUCUGUGGUAGUGAAGCCGGCAGCUGUGAAGCUGGAGACGGCGGUACACUCCGAGGCACCGCAGGUGCAACCGCUGGAUCUAGGGUUAAUAAAACCUGAGACAAACGUGGAGUCACCGAAGCGCGAAGCAUUGCAGUCUCCGCAAGCAACGAAACCACAUAAAAUGAACGGUGUGGAGGAAAGAAAAGAGAAGAGUAAAAAGUCAUAUGAUGUUGAACGUCAGACUACCUCCGAGCGCUUAUUGGUCAAAUCAAAUAGCGCGCUAAUUCCGCGCUUCCUGUUACACAUUACCGUCCCCUUUGACGAAAUCACGCCAAUAUAUUGCAGAAAAGCGAGACCAAAGAUAUAA